AAAGUUUCCUGUGUUUGUCAUUCAGUCACAUACUCUUUUAGCCAUGGGCUGACACACACUGACAACUCUAGAUCAGCUGCAACAGAAACCUUGUUAGCAAAGAGGAAUAAAAAAAGGAAAAUAUCAAACUUUUAGACGUCAUCUCUGGAAGAACAUCAGACAUGGCAAGAAUAAGCACUACUAAAAGCUUGGACUAUAUCGAUUUGGCCUCUUUGAGAGAUCCUGCUGGAAUAUUUGAGUUGGUUGAAGUUGUUGGAAAUGGAACCUAUGGACAAGUGUAUAAGGGACGGCAUGUGAAAACUGGACAGCUCGCAGCUAUUAAAGUAAUGAAUGUCACAGAGGAAGAAGAAGAAGAAAUAAAACUUGAAAUAAAUAUGUUGAAGAAGUAUUCACAUCACAGAAACAUUGCAACUUAUUACGGUGCUUUUGUAAGGAAAAGUUUGGCAGGCCAGGAUGAUCAACUCUGGCUAGUGAUGGAAUACUGUGGAGCGGGGUCGGUUACAGAUUUAGUCAAAAAGACAAAAGGCAACUGCUUCAAAGAAGACUGGAUUGCGUAUAUCUGCAGAGAAGUGUUAAGGGGUUUGUCCCACCUCCAUGCUCACCAUGUCAUUCAUCGAGAUAUUAAAGGGCAAAAUGUUCUACUAACCGAAAAUGCAGAAGUAAAACUGGUUGAUUUUGGUGUGAGUGCCCAGCUGGAUAGAACCAUAGGAAGACGGAACACUUUCAUUGGGACACCCUAUUGGAUGGCACCUGAGGUCAUAGCAUGUGAUGAGAAUCCAGACUCAACAUACGAUUACAGAAGUGAUCUUUGGUCUUUGGGAAUAACAGCAAUAGAAAUGGCAGAGGGAUCUCCCCCCCUCUGUGACAUGCAUCCUAUGAGAGCCUUGUUUCUUAUCCCAAGAAACCCACCUCCAAAAUUAAAAUCAAGGAAAUGGUCAAAAAAAUGUAUUAAUUUUGUUGAUAGCUGCCUUGUUAAAAAUUACACGCAUCGCCCUCCUACGGAAACGCUACUAAAGCAUUCAUUUAUUCGAGACAUUCAAAAUGAGCGGCAGAUACGCAUAAUGCUUAAAGACCAUCUGGAUAGGACACGUAAAAAGAAGGGAGAAAAAGAUGAAUCUGGAUAUGAAUAUAGUGGAAGUGAGGAAGAAGAAGAUGAAGUACACGAAGAUGAAGGAGAACCAAGCUCCAUUGUUAAUCUUCCCGGUGAAUCGACUCUACGGCGUGAGUUUUUGCGACUGCAGCAGGAAAACAAAAACAGAUCAGAUCUUCAGAGACAGCAGCAAUUACAACAGCAAGUCAAAGACCAAGAGAAAUACAAAAAACAGCUCCUGGUUGAACGCCAAAAGCGAAUUGAGCAGCAGAAGCAGCAGAGGAAAAAGCUGGAGGAUCACCAGAAGAGAGAAUUGGAACUACGAAAUGUACAAGAAUGUGAACCAUGGUGGGCUGAUAUAAAGAAUGCUCAGAGAAUAGAGGAAAAAGAUGACAGGAAACAAGGAGAUCAUGAGAGAUGUUUGCUUCCUGAUCCAUGCGAGAGAAACCACAGAAAACAGAAUGAAGAUUUCUGGAAGAAAACGGAUAUAGGUUGCAAACCAGUGGAGAUCUUACUACAUGGAGAGAAGAAAACAGAUGAAUCACAAAAUCACAAAAAGUUUCACCGUACACUGCCAAAGGACCAGGCUCAGUUAUUGAUACUUCAGAAUGAUCACAAAGAAAAGAAGUUGGAUAUCCAAAAACACAUCAUUUCUAAUCACCAUUCUGUGGCUACAAGCACUGAGAUACAAGAAAGGAAAAAGAUUAGCAUUGACCAUAAUAAUAUGAAGUGGCCAGGCCUGGUUCACCCAGCACAUGUUCGGCUUGGGUCUGGAAGCAACUCCAGCCCAUGUACACCCGCUUUACCGAGAGCCGCUUUACCAGAGAAUGAAAAUCUUCGCUCCAGUAGAGACAAUCACUACAGCAGCUCAUUGUCUGACAUGGUCAUAACUCCUCUGACCCCAGGACAAGAUGAGGUCUUCUGGGGCUCACCACUAAAUGAAGAGCAUCCUCCUAAGGUACCAGAGAGAACCACAUCUAAGUUUUACCACAAGGAUAUUCCUGACCACCCAGACUGUCCAUCUGGGAGUUUCCUACAGCAAAGGGGGCUGCCGGAAGAAGAAAAAUGCAGCAAAAGUCCAACUGGAUGGGAUGGUAGAUUUAAUCAAAGCAACAGAACACAAUCUGGGUCUUCGAAAGAAUACCAAGGAUUGCAGAAUAAACCCCAGCAAACCAGAAAACCUGAAAUUAGACCACAUAUGGACACAAGAAUAAAUUUAAGUCCUAGUUUCGUAGAUAAAGGAAAACAUUUUAACAGCUCACAUGUGAAAGCAUCAUAUUAUUCCUCGUCCAGUGACGAGGUUGGCAGCAGUGAUGAUGACGUUAAAAACAAAAGGCAGCCAAUGAGUAACGGUUUGGGUAAUGUCUCUCGGCCAAGACUUCCAGAUGGAAUUAAAGAAAAAUCUCAAAGUCAUGAAGAUAAGGCAGCUGAAAAGCAAAGUUGUACGAGUAGCCAAGGACUCUGGGGCUCCUACAAUCAAAAUGAUCUUCUUCCUGAUCUCUUACAGCAGAGCCAUCCUUCAGAGACUUCAAUGAAUCAGCACAAAAGUCCACAAAAAUGUCACAGACCUUUGAACACAUCUUUAAAUGAUCAGAAAAAUGAAUCUGAUAAUUCCAAGCCAAAAAAUAGUUCAUCUUCAACAAAGUCCUUUAGUGCAUUUAUUGACCCAAGACUUCUUCAGUUCUCACCACCAACGAGUCCUACUGGUUCCUCUUGUGGAAUAAAAGCAGAGCCCUUUCGACGAGAAAAUGCAAGAAAAGGAUCUGUUGUCAAUGUUAAUCCUACAAAUAUCCGACCUCAGAGUGACAGCCCAGAAAUUCGAAAAUAUAAAAAGAAAUUUAAUUCAGAGAUUCUUUGUGGUGCUCUCUGGGGUGUCAAUUUGCUGGUGGGAACAGAGCAUGGUCUUUGGUUACUGGAUAGAAGUGGGCAAGGUCGGGUGUAUUCACUGAUUACCAGAAGGCGUUUUUAUCAAAUGGAUGUUCUAGAAGGUCUGAAUCUCUUAAUCACCAUUUCAGGCAAGAAAAAUAAACUACGGGUAUAUUAUUUAUCAUGGCUGAGAAACAAAAUCCUGCGCAAUGAUCCAGAAGGUGAGAAACGCCAAGGAUGGGUUUCCGUUGGCGAAAUGGAAGGCUGUGUACAUUACAAAGUUGUUAAAUAUGAGAGGAUAAAAUUUCUUGUUGUUGCUCUGAAGAACUCAGUAGAAGUCUAUGCAUGGGCGCCAAAACCAUAUCACAAAUUCAUGGCUUUUAAGUCAUUUUCAUCUCUACAUCAGAAGCCAUUGUUUGUUGACCUAACAGUGGAAAAUGGACAGAGACUGAAAGUCAUAUUUGGAUCUUCUGUUGGAUUUCACGCUAUAGAUGUGGAUUCUGGGACUGUGUAUGACCUCUACCUCCCCACACAUAUCCAGGGAAAUAUUCACCCACAUGCCAUCAUUCUGCUGCCCAAUACAAAUGGCACGGAGCUCUUACUUAGUUAUGAAGAUGAGGGCGUUUACAUUGAUACCUAUGGACGCUUCACCAAAGAGACGGUUUUGCAGUGGGGUGAAAUGCCAGCAUCAGUGGCUUAUCUUCAAUCAAAUCAAAUAAUGGGCUGGGGAGAGAAAGCCAUUGAACUACGGUCUGGAGAAACUGGAAGUUUGGAAGGUGUAUUUAUGCACAAGAAGGCACAAAAGCUAAAGUUUUUAUGUGAAAGAAAUGACAAGGUAUUUUUUGCUUCGAUACAAUCUGGAAGCAGUCAAAUUUACUUUAUGACUCUAGGACAACACAUGCUAUUUAACUGGUAAAAAUGGUGGGAGAUAUCCACACUAUUGGCACUAUUACCGUCAACAGUCCUGCUGUGUUUCUUGUUAAUGGCAGACAUGUUUUUUUGUGUAAGUUAAAGCUGCUGGAAAAUGAAUGUAGCAUUAACCAUCGAUGGGUCUACUAUAGAUGUUCACCUACUGUAGUACCUCCUGAUCUUACAUUACAGUUGACUUCAGAUUUUUGAUGUGUGGAGAUAUAAUUGUAACUGAAGAGGGUAUACAGUUACAUUCUAUGUAUAACUAUGUGUAAGUUCACUAAAAGCUAUUGCUACCAGCUUUUCUGUCUCCAGGAGCAGCAAGUUUUUCAGUAUUAUGGAACUAUUACUAUGCAGAAUGCAGAACGACUCAGACUCUGAAACCUGGAGGCUAUAAAUCUUUAUAUAUAUAUUUUUAGACUGAAAUAUCAUCCAUUAAACCUCAAUGUCUUACUCAUAUUACAGUUUAUAAUCAUAAACAGAAAAUGCUGUGUUAAUGCCUCAUGAAAUUGCCAUUACUCAUAUAUUCUACUUGGAAGUCAACCAAUUAUUGUCAAAAAGUUAAGGAACAUCAAAGUAAUUCUGCCUUUCUGAUAAGUACUAAGAAAUAACUUAUUGCACUUUUUUGCCUCCGAAUUUUAUGCAUUUAUCAUGUUUCACUGACACUGUAAUAAUACUCUUUACUUGAAUGAUAUGGAAUUCUAGUACAUUUUAAAAAUCAUAUAUUCAGCAAUGUAAAAUAUAUUUGUAAUAUAUUGUGAGUCAUAAUUAAGUAGUCACAUGCAAUGCAUGAAAAAAUAAAUCGAUUAUAUAUGCCAAUGCAUUUUCUUACAUAAUUGUAAAUAAAGCCAUUUAAAAUGCACUCUAGUAUGUCAAGUCUUACACAAAUUCAUAAAAAUUACUUAUUUUAGACAUACCAUUUUAUUACAAUUAUUUUGUAUAAAACGAAUAAGCAUUAAAAGUUCUUUAUAAGAUGUAUAAAUAGAAGUUAUGCAAUUUAUGUUGUAUGUGUGAAUCCCAGUCAUAUACUGUAUAAGUGCAAUAUAUUAUAAAACACAUUUAUAACCUA